AUGAGGGGCCCGGGGCUCCUAAUUGGGACUGUGCUAUUGUCUGCCUGCGUCCUAGCUGUAACUGGCCAAACUACAUUAAAAAAAGGACGGAAUUUUGUUGGUCAGGAAGGUGGAUACGACAACGUAACUGGCAAAUAUGGAUAUAUAGUGAAUGACUUUGCAAAACAAGUUUUGACAGGUGGCUUAACGAGAGUCUUCCUUCCUUUGGUCUACAUCAUUGUGUUUGUAGUUGCAUUGCCCAGCAAUGCCAUCGCGUUAUGGGUCUUUUUUUUCCGCACUAAGAAGAAGCACCCAGCUGUGAUCUAUAUGGCCAACUUGGCAAUAGCCGAUCUGCUGUUUGUUAUCUGGAUUCCACUCAAGAUAGCCUAUCACCUGAAUGGCAACAACUGGAUUUAUGGGGAAGGCCUAUGCAAAGUACUUGUGGGAUUUUUCUAUGGGAACAUGUACUGCUCAAUCCUGUUUAUCACUUGCCUGAGUGUUCAGCGCUACUGGGUCAUUGUAAAUCCCAUUUCACACACCCGGAAAAAGACUAAAAUUGCCUUCAUUGUUUCAGUUACGAUAUGGGUUGUCAUUAUUCUCAGCACCGUUCCAUUGUAUAUCUAUGAUCAAACGGUUUACGUCAGCAAUGUUAAUAUCACAACAUGCCAUGAUGUCUUGCCGCUCAGCGUUCUGGCCUCUGACAUGUUCAACUACUUCCUCUCUCUCUCCAUCGGUCUUUUCUUCUUCCCAGCAAUCCUCACCUCAGUGGCUUAUGUAUUAAUGGUCAGAACAUUGAAUGCUUCCAUUACAGAUGACAACAUUGGUAAAAAGAGGAAGAAAGCCAUUGUGCUUAUACUUACUGUGCUGGUCAUGUGUCUUGUGUGCUUCUUGCCUAGUAACAUUCUGUUGCUGGUGAACUAUGCCACUAUUAGGGAGACCCACGUCGGCAACACCUACGCCUUUUACAUUACGGCCCUGUGCCUAUCCGCGCUGAACAGCUGCAUCGAUCCCUUUGUCUACUACUAUGUGUCCAAAGACUUCAGGGACAAUGUUAAAAACACCUUCCUCUGCAGAAGCGUCAGGACUGUGGAAAGGAUGCAGAUCUCAUUCAGCUCUAUGAAGUAUUCAAGAAAGAAUACAUACACCUCCAGCUCCAGUAACACAAAAACCAGUACCUGCUAGGUGCUACUGUAUUAUAACGUAGAGGCAAUGGACCGAAGACUUGUGUCUAGAAGGCUAAGAGAAUAUAUGCCAUUUAUUUGCUGUGUGAGGAUGCUGGUCCUUCCAGCACAGGAAAUGUG